AGCUGCGACUAAAAGACGAAAGGUCAUAAAGUGAUCCUUCCCGGUCAUUUUAAGUCUUCUUUGACAUACACACACACUCACACACGCCUACGACAAUCGAAAGAUUUCUCUUUCAUUUCUUGAAGUAUUUACCGUUUAUUUUCUUGGUUUUCAACGUUUCUUCAAGCAAAGAACAAAUAGGAACCAUCGAUCUGCAUUCGCCAUUCACAAUCAAGCCUUUCUUUCAACAAGUUCUACGACGUCCUUAUAUUCAUACUGCGCGUCGCACACCUAGAUCUACUGAUCUACCCCUUGCGAAAAGAUGUUUCCACUUCGACCCAAAAAUUCCUAUGUCGGAGGAGGGACCGUCCUCCUGUUUGGGCAAGCAGGAUACCUCUUCGAAGUUGGAGCGCAGCAGAUGCCAUAUAUUCCUGCUGAUGACUUGAUGGGCAACGACAAGUUCAUGCCGAAGCACUACGCUGACGAGGGAGGUCAGGACGUUGCCGCGCUGUCUUUUCUUUAAGGCUCCUGAUAGAAGAAGCUAGUUCAUUUAUCUUCACCAUACGAGUACGUACAAUACACCUGAAUCUUCUCUCCACUUCGCUUCUUAUACUAAAAAUAAAGUUCAAUGAAUAAUCUCCACAGAGUAAGAGUUGAAUUUCGUGUCUCCUCUCCUCGAAGAACUAUUUUUCUUCAUUAAUAGGAUGAUCUGAAGAAGAAAUAAACUACAACGGUCUGAUUCAUAGCGAUCAUGUUCUUGAUAUGAGUGAUAAAAAUGUAAAUAGUUGUUGUGAGCAGCUCUAAUUUCUGUCCCAAACUUUUACGACCGCUGCCGCAGGAGGACCGGCUCUGACAUCUGCUCAUGAGAAUGCGCUGGCGGCGUGGCAGAAGGAUGCUGACGGAAUGCUGUUAUUCUCUGUCGAUGCGGACCCCAAGGCGAUGCUCAAGAUUAAGGCUUAUCACUAUAUUUCAUUUCUACAAGUCACUUCUCCCUAUUUCCCUUUUAGGAUUGGGAGAAAUGUAGGCAAGAACUGAAUUGUUUUGAGCUCUAACAAAAGUCUGGACUCUCUCAAGAAUGAUUUUGCUCCGCUUUAUGAGGUCGUCAAGAAGCAAGCUGAGGUGGCUGAUCUCGGGCAGGGUUUGCCAUGGAUUUUCCGCCAGGAUGGUUCCGACACACUCUUAAGGAAAUUGUUCACCACAUUUAUAUUUUUUCGUUUGAGAAGAUUUAGAGGUCUUGUCCUUCUUCGGUUCAACACAUUAUUAAUACAUGCCCAGAGAGCGGGCCCAGCAAGGGCCCACUGCGCUGGGCAUAGGUUAGCACUUAGCAACUAGACAGAUAAGACAAACGAAGCAAGCCGUUAAGUCAUUAAGCUAGCGACGCGCGGCUGGCUUAGGAUGGACCGGCGUGGGAGCUGGCCACUGCUAAGCCAGCUGGCUAGCUAUUGCUAUGAAGCUAACAAGCUGGAGCGACAACUAUGGCUAAGCUAGCAGGUGAGCUUUUGCGAGGCUGCUAGGUAGCAAGCUGGUCAUGACUAGGCUAACAGGCUAGCUAUGCCGGGCUAAGCUAGCAGGGUCGGCGUCCAUGGCUAGGUAGGCGAGCAAGCUGGCAAUGGCUAAGCUAGCGCCAAGCCGGCGCGCUUGCAACCUAAUAUGGCUCACCUAACCUAGCAAGCUUGCAAUGGCUACGCAGCUAGCACGCUGGCUGUGGCUAAACAGCUAGAAAGCUAGACAAGGCUAAGCAGCUUGCAGGCUAGCUAUGGCCAAGCAGCUAGCGCCCCAGCUAUGGCGAAGCAGCCAGUAGCAAGCUAGCUAAAGCUAUGGCCAAGCAGCUAGCAAGCUGGCCUGCUAGGGCCAAGCAGCUAGCAGGCUAGCUAUGGCUAAGCCUCUAGCAAGCUUCCUAGCUAUGGCUAAGCAGCGAGCAGGCUCACCAUGGCUAAGCAGCUAGCAAGCUAGCUACGGCUAAGCAAGCUAGCUAGCUACUGCUAAGCUAGCAGGCGAGCUAUCUUAGUAUUGCUAUGCUAGCACGCUAGCUGUGGCUAAGCAGCGAGCUAGCUAGGCAUGCCGGCUAAGCUAGCAAGUGGAGGAGGUGGCCCUCAAGAAAGGGCCUAGUAAUAUUAACCCAAUUUUAUUACAAGGAAGGGCCCUCUUAAGGAGCUCCCUCAAGGGUCAUCUUUUGCCCUUAAGGGAGCCCUAUAAUAGAUUUCUAGAAUAGAAAAUCUUUAAGGAAUGCAAUGAAAUUUUCCUUAAGAAAGCUCCCUAAGGAGGCCUCCUUUGAACCUUAAGGACGAACCUUGGUCUUAAAGACAUUGCUAACCCUACGAAUACUAGUAUAAAGGCUUUCAUAUUCUCAGUUGUUCCCUCUUCCUCUUAUCGCUCUCAUGUACUUAAGAAAACAUAGAGCUUGUUGAUUUUUUUCGGAGUGACUUGAAACAAGAAAUGGACACCUUCUAAAACUACACAGGAGAGUGAAUUUUGAGGGGUUGUAAGAUCGUGUCUACUUAAAUAUCUAUACUUGUACUUAUACUGCUCUAUGUCUAUGCAGGAUCCAUAACCUAACCUAACCUAACCUAAUCUCCUAACCUAACCUUGUACUACGACUACUAGUCUAUCAAAGUACUACUAGUCUCUAAGAAAUAAAGAGGAUCUUCGUUUCUCUCCGCAGCUCCCGGAAGUGGAUCGCGAGACGGGUUCCUACGACAAGUCGCUGCUCUGGGGUUCGUCUCCGAGUUUCGAGGCUGAGCUCUUUGUUAAGGGUAGUUCUUUCUGAAGUGCAGCUGCAUCCCUCACGAGGAGCAGCCCUGGCGCCUUUUUUUGCUUUUCAAAAGGGAAAUACACUUUGCAAAAGGGAAAUUUUGAUUAAAUAGGUCAAGGCUCCUGGUGUUGUGAAGAGUGAAUGCAAGUGCAAUUCGAUUUCGGCAAACUCUAACGUUGGAUCCGCAGAUUUGUUGGCCGCCCACAAGGCGUACAAAUCGCAGCCGAACGACAUCGUGACGAUGGCGGACUAUUUUGAAACGGCCCAGCAAGUCACGGAAAAGUUGAAGGCGGCUGCAAAGCCUGGUGUACCUGUACCUCCAAAGAUCGUGUCCUUGUCACAGGUCAUGCCUGCGGUCGAGAACAAGCGUACGACCUGCACCUCUACGGACAUGACGGAGAUCGCCGAAAAGAAGGCAGUCGAUGGUCGCAAACAGCUCUUCGAAGAGAUCUAUCUCACCUGGGCGUUCGGAGAAGCGGCGGCCAAGGCUGAUGCUGCAUUGUUGUCCUCGUUGGGGCAAGGGGGAGGCCAAAUGCUGCUACAGCGUCUCUGGUCUGGGUUCAAAGCGGUCCUCACGCGUAUGGCCGAAUCCUUGCAAGCUACCGAGAACGAGCAGGCGUGCAAACAGUUCCGCUCCGAUUUGGUUAACGCUGAGCAAAAGCUCCUGGGACCUAACAACGGUCUGGAAGUUUUCAUUCUGGACUCCGACUGCGAGUAUUUGCAGAAGUUAAGGUUGAUUUGCCCUAUAAAAUAUAAAAUAUAAUUAACAUAGUUUUCACCUUGAUCACAAUCGUAGACUUAUCCCGUGCAACAAUAUAAUUCAUCAUCUUCUUGAUGAAAAGUAUCGAUCUUGGAGAGGCUCUCGCUGGCUCUACUUCAACGCAAAAGGACUGCAAGAGCCAGAAAGAUACUUGUCAUGCCAACAUCAGCACAAGAACCGGACAACUAGGAGAUCUUUUAAUUAACAUACAUAAUUAAUAGAAUUAAAAUCAAGAAGGGCUUACGACUUCUAAUAUCUAAUAAUCAAUAAAGGUGUUGAAGUUGGUUCGUUGAUUUUUUUCUUCAGUGAGCUCGCUCUAAGUAGGGAUGCAAAGGAUAUUCCCAUUUGGGAGAAUCCUCAGGGGUUCGAGCAUAUCAAAGCCAAAUCACUGCUGGAAGCGUUGUUCUUUCGUUUCAUGAUGAAGUCCCCAGUCCUGUGCAACAAUGCCAAAGCUCCAGCCUUGGACAGCAUGAACGGACUGAAGCAGACGUUGGGAAACUUGCAGCCGAUUUGCGUGAUGCCACCCAUCCCAGAGGGACAAGAGGGAAGAGAACUCCUCACCAUUAAGGGUACCGCUGAAGCAUCCGCAGCACUAUCCUUGGCUCCUUUUUGAAGCGGAAACGAAUGAGACGGCCAAGGAUAGCGCACUCAGGGAUGUGAUCGCGGUAGCUCUAAUACCAACAAACCCGACGCAAGCAAAACCUUGCAGGCUGGCUGGUACAUCGCCACAGGUGGCCCUAACAAUGACGCUCCCAAGGAGGGCGACAGCCUCAAGAUGAACGCCGAGAAUCUCCUUUCUGGGAAACCGGAAUACAAGGCACAAAUUGCGUCCGCUGUGAAAGACAAAGAGCCGGCAUUAAGGCUUAAAGUAAUUCAUCUUAAGGAGCAUCUUUGACCGCUUUGUUUCCUGAGGGGAAAGUACGUCCAAGAUGCCUUUCAACAAGAAUAAAAGUGAGUUCUAAAAGCAAGGACGCUGGUGAUUCACAAAUGGAGCAACAACGGCGAGGACGCGCCUAGUCUCGUUUUUAAGGAAACAAGAAUGAAAUCCAUCUUCCAAAAAUGGCGCUGCUCGCUCCCGUUUUUUCUAAAGGCACGAAGACGGGAAGAGCUGUAUCUUCUUGGUUGGUCCAAGUGCUGCACUAUUAUCAUUUUUCUUUGGAAUUCUAUCUUUGACGUGAUCAACACGAAAACUGAUGGCUGUUCCUUUCUAUAGGGAGGACGGCUAAAGAAUCUUGCUUCCCGUUUUAUUCGGGAAACGGGAAGAACCAAGACCACGAGUCCGAAGAUGGAUUGAGGGUUUAUUAUAGUUCUAACCUUUCUUGGAACUCGGUCUGGAUCCAGCGUUUCCGCGAUCUGUGGGAGGGGAAGGGCGACAUUAUCAACAUCCGCAUUAUCGCGAAUGUGUUCUACCCGGGGUCGCUUGUGCUCAACUUCAAAGGUUUCAACUACCUGAUGUACGCGAUGGUGAUGAAGGGGCAAGAUGCAGCUCAUUUGACGGGGAGCAAGCUUGUUCAAGAGUCGCUCCGGCCUCUUUUUUCCGACGAGAACGAGCCACGCGUGAAGCACAUGCAACGCCAGUUCAAGCACUACGCUACCUGGGUUGAGGAGGGAGGCCUUGCCCGUAACCAGGCGAUUCGCUGGCAUGGUCUCGUUUCGCGGCUGAAUAUGUUGGUCUUCCAACCAGCGCAACGACGCGGACCUCCUCAAGCUGCGUUAAAGGUCCAGCGCUUUCCGUUGCCGCUUUCGCCGCCUCUCAGUAAGGCUGAGCGGUCCGCCUCGCGUGCCCUGCAUCCCCUCUUCCGGGAGUAUGCCGACGGAUCUAAGAACGUCGCGACGGUGGACUUCCCAGGCGACUUUGGUCUCUCCGUUUUUGGUUUCCGCAUAUUUCAUCCAAUGCACUGCUACACCAUUGUCUGGCCGCUUGAGCUUCAAAUCGUUGAAGACAUCAAGUCGGGAAAACGUACUAGUACUAGUACCACUGACAAGUAGGAAGUGGUUUGUUCAUUUAUUUCUUCUUUAAAUUUAUUCAAAAAUAACUGCUACUAAUACUAGUUAUCUAGUACCUGCAGUCAUUGUCAUCCUCGUAAUACCGUACCACGACACAGAAGAGGCAUCAGUCGUGAUGUAGUUUUCUUGUUACCUCCACCUUCAUUUUGCCUUUGAGGACCUUCAUUCUUACUCCUGGUCCUGCCGAGUAUGCACUAAGUAUAAGAGUGUGAAGAUCAUGGGACUCAUUCUACAGCUUUAACCUCUAGUUCUACUCUAAGGAAGUAAAAUGAGGAAACAAAAUCCUCAAAACAUGACCUCUUGCCAGGCACAUCAAUCAAUGAAUCAAUGAAUCACUCAAUCAAUGAAUCAAUCAAGUAGUACUCAAGCACGUACUUUCUUGUUCAAGACGUGGUGGAAUCACUCUCCAACUCAAACAAUACAACUACAUUAACAGCGGCCGUGGCAAAACUUGUACCGGGAAAGAAUGCUGAGCUUCAUUCCGGAUUCCGCAUGUACUUUCCUAAGGAUUGCGGUGGUGGGUCUCCCGAAGUACUCGCGGAGCUCUACUCACGUGCAGGACGAGAGGUUCAUUAAGGAUAAAAGACUAAUUAAAUUUUCCUCAUUAUAAUAAGUUAAAUCACCGCGUUUUUCCCUGUUAGAGGAAAAGUUAAAAUCAGCAUGGCAUUUGGAAUUGCCUAGAUCAUCAUAACUACCGCCUGGUGUAGUUCUAGUAAUUCUAAUGCAUCUACUACGUCCUUUUCACGACCGAUCAUCAUCCUUAGCUCUUUUGUAUUUGUUGCCUUGUUUUAGAACUAGCUUGGAGGUCUUCUAGUAGGGCUCCUGGUCUAAUAUUUAGUACGGUUAACUAUAACUAUAGUUUUCCCUAUAAUAUUCUUAGGCUUUUGUUGAUCCCUUCAUGCAAAAUGUUUAGUACUCACUGGCAAAAAGCAACGCUAUAAGGCCAGAACGAGACUUACUCUGUGUUAUAAGUACCAGAACAAAGUCUGAAGUCGAGGAUCAUGCAGCUCUGAACAGGGACGCAGCGAGUGAAGAUAUUCGAUGUACCUUCUAGACAGUUUUCCCUCUAUCCUUAGGGUUAUCGUCAUCGUAUGUUGUUGAUGUAGUCGCCGUCUUGUAGCCCUUUCGUCAUAUGAUGUUCAUCAUCCUACGAUGUUGAUGUAGCUCUAAUGUAAAGAUGGAGACGCGGCCGCGUUGCGCGGCUCGGCGCGGCGACACGGGAAGACCGCACAGGCAGCAUUCUUGAAGAAAUGCCAACCGAGAGCUUACGUCACGCCGAUCCGGGCUAUUGACGAAAGCGGCUUUUUGCGCGGUAAUGGUCCGAGCGGCAGCAGUGGGGACAACCAGUCGAUGGCUUACCUUUUUGCGAACGCCCAAACCUCCGAGGAAUUUGCGAUUAUGCGCAUGUACUUGGUGAAUCACUUUGCUAGCAGCCAGCUGCACUCGUUCAUUGAGGUACCUUGAUUUUGUUCUUGUUGUUGGGUAGUUGUUCGUUCAAGGUCAUAAUUGCCAGCAUGAUGCGACGACCUCCACCUUGCUUUCUCCUGCCAUUUAUUUUUGUGAAACAAAGCCUCCCGCUUCUGACACUCGUCUUUUACGAGAUGAAGUCGUGCCUUUUAUUUCACAUGGUACUCCCUCUUCUCCUGUCCCUGUGCAAAUCUUCACAUAUAUGUCUUUCAUCUCCCUCGACCCACUGCCUCUGCUCCUCGAGUAUUCGUAUUAUAUGAAAGACAACCAGAGCCAGUGAGUACUUCUCAAUGCUUGUAGGCACAAGAUCAUCAAGAUCAUAGCUCUGUGACAGACAAACAGAAUGAUCUUGGUGAUCUUGUGCCUACAAUUCUUCACCAUAUUGAAGAAAACAAAUAUCAUAAUUCACAGGUUCUUCUCGGCUCCGAGGUCGAUCAGUUUCAUGGACACAAGGAGUUCCAGAUGAAGACGAUUUUGAACAAUUAAGGCUUUUUAUCCACCUUACCUAACCUAACCUAGGUAGCCUAAGCUUCUGAGACCUUCUAAAAAUAUACGGAUUUAUUCUAGAAAUGCUGGUAUCUUCGGUAUGCUAGCCAGUGAUCGACUUCAUGGAAAAAUGGAACUUGAACUAGAAAGAUUCAUCGUCGUGAAGCCAUGCGCUUUUCAGAUGGAAAAUAUGACUUCCACCGCGGUAGGAGAAAGGGUGUAAUGUCUGUAUCUUAGGAUGAAGGAUUAAUUUUGAUGGAUUUCAGGGACUUCCUUGGAGUACUCUUUCUACUUACAUUUGAUGGAGGAAUUAAUAGCAAUUAGGACCCGAGCUCUAAAACAAGCUACAAGACAAGGAGACUGGUACUCUCCUUCCCGUGAUGAAGAAACUGGAGAACCUCGGUGAUGGUGACAAGAACAAGGUUUUCUACCCGAGCAUGGCUUUUCUGUGGGAGUGGUUCCAUAACGCCGCUGAGCGGACGCAAAUGGCGGCUAACACUGCGACGGGCACUCAUUAAGGCUCCUGCUCUACUUGCUCAUCGUUAUAAAUUAUUAGACUAUGAUUAAUAUAUAUUAAUAACAAAGUUUGUCUUACCGUUGUAAUACCCUUACCCCCCCCUUGAGCCCCCCCCUUUGAACCGUUGCGCCGACCCUUGCGACCCUUACGCCCCCCCCUUGCGAUACCCUUUGAGACCCUUGCGACACCCUUACAGCCCCCCCCUUAUGAAGCAGGCGACCCCUUAUGAUUUCUCCCCCCCUUUGUGACCCCCUUACAAGUUGGCACCUUUUUCCAACCUCUUCACCGUCGAACCCCGCAAAGUGCGCGCACUCCUUCGCACUCACUGCCAGGGCUUCUCCUUGAUGGUGUUCGGGAUGUCGCAACUUUUGAUCAUCACCCCCCGUCGCUCUCCCGUGGAAGUUGUCAGCUUUUGGACCAUGAUCGACAAGAGGCACAGAGCGUAGCAGAGUGCGCACCAGUCAAGCUUGCAAGAGGGCCGCGCUCCAUCGUAGUUGUCUGGUCUCUCUCUAUCUGCUUUCACAGUAAAGAAGAACAACCAAGAGGAAGAAGAUGGCCCACCUUCAAGGUCUUGGGUUGCGUGCGUGUCUCACAUGUGGAGACGUGGCGCCUGCCUGGGGGCUGGUUCGGUUUGGAAGAUGCCACGCGCAACACUUGCAGCCGCAUGGCUGGCAGAUGGGCAACCGAUGAGGCGGACUACGUGCCUGCCAUCUGAAGCGUGCUGCCUGCUAUUGAUUGGGCGCCUGUUCAGUGUCUGCCCUGUGGAUGGUUGCCGGCUCUUUGCAGAGGAGGCCCGCCUCUUCCACCACAGCACCAGCGCCGGUGGCCGAUCUCCAUGCUGUUGCAACGGUGUAAGAAGUGCCCGCCUCUCUUUCCCGCGUAAUGUUGUUGCUGGUGUUGCGGGUCAAGGAGCAGAGGGCCCUCCUGGCGCGGUUUUUGCUGCAAAGAAACGGAGCACCAGGCGAAGGUAGGAGGUGGUGAAGAAGGGAAAGGCAAGGGCAAAAAAGGCGGCGGGGGGAAGCCAAAGGCAAAGCGAAGGCCAAGGCGAAGGCGCGCGCUGCGCCAUACUGAAAGAACUCACGCCACAGAAUAACAAAGCCGGCCGGCGUGCUCCAUCUUUUUGCAUUUUCUUCGCCGGAUGUUUUCGGGCGGCGUGCCCUUUCCAUUUUCUUGUUCUUCAGCGAGUGGGUUGCUCUGUCCUCUCGCGCACUUAUUUAUUUUGAAACGCCACCCCCUCGCGCGCGUGUGGCAUUCCCCCCUACGACCAGACCGACCCUACUCAAUUUCGCAAGCAAUCAGCAGUCCUCUGCUAGACCCGCCUGGUGGCUCUUUUUGUUCAGCCUCAUGGUGUUCCUUACCUACUACCCCUGAUCUUUUUCUAUCUCUAUCUCAAUGCACCCAGCACGCACCGCACUAGUUAGUAUUAUGGUUUCGACAUCAUUAUAAAUUUAGACACGCGGCGCCUAGACUAAGCGGAUCCUAAAACACAUGGCCACUACCUAGCAUAGUACUCCUGUAUGUUAAUGUGUUGGACCAUUCGAACACAGACUGCUAAGUCGCGUCUAGUUUCUCGGUGAGAAGCGCUUGAGUUUGAUACAGGUUGCACGACUGCACUCACAGCCUGAGACUAACGGUCUCUGGCUGCUUUGAUCCCUGUCUGUGGGUAUUCGUUGGGGUUGCAAGGGGGAAGUCUCAGCUUCUUCAUUGGGAUACCAUGACACCUGGGGAAACUUUCAUAUGCUUCACAUGGGAACGCCUAUGCUAUCGUCAUUAACUCAUACGAUCAUCCUGAAUGGCAGCUCUUUAUGCACUUUGAACUGUUCAGAACUGGCAAGACGUUAUGGACCUGAUUACAGCUAUGAACAUUCAUCAUCUCCGCUCUCUGAAUAUGUUGAAGGUCCUUUGCCUGUUGAUCAUUGAUUUUGAAACUCUAUGCGUUUAGGUCUGUAAGUUAUCGUCGAGAUCUUUCCUGUGUUGCUUUGUCCUUGACUGUGUUGGGAGGCUUGAGUCACAUACGAGAGAGAGAGGAGAAGCCGAAGACGCCCGCGCGACGGUAAACCCGUCGGGCGUUUGGAUAGUGCUCCGGUAACCUUUUGCCUGGCGAUCUUGGUCAUUUCGUUGAUCUUUAUCCGUCUGAUCUUUGUUACAUUUCAUGACUAUGACCUUGACCAACAUAAUGAGUAUAGUGUAUAACUUUUCCAUGCUUCUCCUAGUUCGGACGGCUCUACUUACAACUACUAUAAUGGUGAGGCCUAUGGGGCUGAUAUGACGACGAUAGCGCCGGCGCUUGAUUAGUUUUAGCAGAUUGGAGAAUACUUGGUGACAAUUACCCUCUGUCUUCUCUUUUCUAUCUUCCUCGGGUCUUUCUUUUUUCUAGUUAGGUCUGCUCCACCACAAUAUAGACUAGAUCAACAGUCCAGCUGUAGUAGGAGCAUCUUUUGUUUAUAAUGAUUGUUCUUUUAGUAAGCAGAACCAGAAGCAAAUCGAAACUAUUCAUGAAUCUUCAAGAAGCUCCUUUAGUAGACGACAGGAAGCUUUUUCUUCUCGUGAUCAUCUUUGCAAUAGGUUCUUGAGAUUGACAACCAUCUAGUAAGGUCGUUAAGAAUAAAGAUUAGGUUAAACCUUAGAACAAGACAAGGCACUAUGUUGUUCUCUAGGGAAAGGAGUACACACUCACAAAGCAUAUUAGUUGGAAUACCCUCCUCCUUCCCCUUUCCAAGUUGAACUUACCCCCAGAAUGGGAGGUAAGCUAUUACUACUAAUUAUAGAAGAAAAUAGGGACAACGAUAUGGAUUUUUGAAUUGUGAGCAUCUUCGAUUGAAAAACUCUUCUUCUGGAUCCGCUCUAAUCUGAGGUGAUGGAGGCUUUGGGUGAGAAACUUCCGGCAGAGCACAAGGAAGUGCACAACUUGCUAAUGGAGCUCGCUCGUGAGGUUGUUAAGACUUUUUGAAAUCUCCUUCAUCUUAAGAAGCAUCUUGGGCCUCCAUGUAAGGGGGAAACGGGUCUCCAUGUACUUAAGGGGGUUCUCCUUCUCUAUAAGGGGGAAAUAGCGGGUCCUCGCCCAAGAUGAUGCUUUUUGAAAUGGGAGAUGAUAGAUUCCCGGAAGGUCUAAGGUUGCUGCCGGUUUUGUUCCGGAUUCGCUCAAGCCAAAAGAACAGACCCCUCAAGAACCCGCGAAAGAACCCCGCGGACAAGAAUUGGUAGCUCCUGUGGGAGGCCAAGAUCCAGCUGCAGGUGCAGGAGGAGCUGCGGCACCUGCCACGCAGCCGGCUGAGGAGAAGUGCUGCGCGGGCUGCUGCGGUGGGCGUGAGCAAAACAAGGCGGGGGACCGCUGAGAACACACAGAAAAAGGUGGAACAGGAGUCGCAGGAGUUGUAAGACACUUCUUGUAGCUCUUGAAGGAAGAUUUUCAUAUUCAUCCUCAAUAGGAGCUUAAUAUGAAAAAUAUAUGAGGCGAAAAUGAUCAAGAGGAGCGAGCAUUUGAGCCACACUGAUGAUUGGAUGAUGAUGAUGAUGAUGAUGGGCUGUUUUGUGUAUCUGUUGUAAGUAACCAGAGGCGGAGAUAAAAGCGUUUGGCAUUUUUGACAUACUGCGGAAAAGCAGGAACGAGAACCCCUGCGCGGACUGGAGUGAGAUUAUGAAAUACCAGGGCAACGCAUGUUUAUCAGACAGAGAUGUUGUGAGAAUGAGACUAAUGGGGUGGAGCAGGAACAGGAAGAGCACGAGGUUUCUAUAAUAGGGAGGUAGAAAAGCAGAAGAAAUACAAUAUUUAUAUGAAUGAAAGAGUUGCCAUCAACUUACUGGUACUACUCAAGGGCUGGGAGGAGAUGCAUGUUUCAUGUUAGCUAACACUGGUGCUGGUUAAAAAGUGAUCAGAAACGUCAGCGCUGUCAUGUUCAUUGAUUCAAGAAGGAAAAGUCAUUUUUUCUUUUUUUGAUAGAUACCCGACACUAUUAUGACCUGCUUGCUCCAACCUCGCUGCAUGAUCAGGGGCUACGACGGACUACUUCUAAACCCACAUUUCAGCUUGUGUAUGUUUGAGGUGGCUUUACGUCCUCCUUGGGGCGCUUCGCCCGUGCUCGUGUCGACACGUUUAGUGUAGAUUCGGCAACGGCAACCUAUCCUAUCCUAGUAUCCUAUCUUAUCCUAUCCUAUCCUAUCCUAUCCUAUCCUGAAAGACGGCGGACUAGAGUGAGUAUUUUUUUAUGUUUAUUACACGUACGCUUAUGGUUUUUUUUUCGUUCGGGAUUCAUAUUUGAUUUCUUUUUCGCUUGAGGAUGUAAGUAUGAAGCAAUAACAUGAAAGAGUGGAUUUUUUUUUUGUUGAUAGAUGCAUAAGUUCAAGUUGAGUCAUCAAGAGGACAGUACUAGAUGUGCUGCUAACAAUCAUUUCACAUAAUCAUAAGUCCUCGGUAUGAUGUUGAUCGCGACAUUAACUAUGAAUUUUCUUUUUACAGAUUGUUACUAGUUACAGCGUGGGCGUGCAGCUACUUGGUUGUACUACUAUUAUUUUCGUGCAGCUACUUGGUUGUACGACAGGACCACGACAGCGCCGGCGCUUAGUUAGUAGCUGUACUAGUUAAGUACUUGCCUGACCACCUAUUUUAUUUCGGUUUUUGUUUUUAUUUUUUUCUAGGUAGGCCUGCUCCACCAACACUAUUGUUUUUUCAACAAGCGAGGAGCACUUGCUAUUAAUGCAUGGAGGCUCUGGUAUUUGGUAACCUGAUUUUGAUCGUAAGGGAAAGAAAGAAGGGAGCGCCUGUGAUCGCAUAGGCUACCAAAAAAUUCCAGGGCAAUUAUAAUGGCUGAGGUCGCCCUUAGUUCCGCAAAUUGGAUGGAUCGUGUCUAGAAUACGGCAUCUGGUUGGCGUGCUGACCUAUGUGUGAACCUGUAGAGGGUGGCAGCAUAUAAAAAUAGUCCUAACGAAAAAAAAAUGUAGACUGAUUAUCGCGUGAGUUGAUUACUUAGCUUUCAAACCAUCUUGUAGGUGGUUCAUCAGUAAAUCCAUCAUCAGUUGUGCGGUGUGUCAUACCCUUGCAGGUGUGCUGACUGGCUUUUAGGGCCCCGCUGUGUCGGGUUGCGCCUUGUGUUUUUUACAAGGAAGGGUCGAAUGUCCGGCCCUUCCGAUAGUUGUAGUUUUGUUGGCCGAAUGUACGGCCUUAUGCUCCCCCAGUAUGUAAGUAUUUGAUAUUAAUUGUUCGAUAGAAGUGUUUAAUUAAUUAAAUGGGCGGCAGCAUAUCGUCCUAACUCAAAAAAAUAAAAAUAUUAAAAUAGACGCUACGUCCGAUCGGAGAUACAGGGCUUGCGAACAUGAUUUGAUAUGUGAGCCGGCAGUGGCUACAACGAAUAACAACAACUUACAAAAUCUUUUCCCAUUUUCUUUUUUUGCUCACUCGUCUGAUCACCCUGCGGUCGGAGGAGAUUGAUACGACGUCGGAGGAGCAAACAUGCUCGUGCGGAUGCGAUUCGGCUAACAAUCAAUCAAACGAGCAGGGCGAAAGCAUCAUCAGUGAUAAGUGUACAGGUCAACGCCUGAACCACUAAGCCGCAGCUUUUUUGCGCCCUUCGAUUGAUGUCGAGUUUAUACGUAGGAGCAUGCGUCGUGCAGAGCAGUUGUUUCAAGCUAAGCAGAUAUGGCUGAUGAUUGAAAUGAAGACGUACUCACGCGAUAAGGUCAAGGUGCGGAAGUGCGCACUUCAACUUGAAAAGACGCCAACAUCUGCACUUAAGAUGACCAAGAAUAACUAUGAGAACGUACCUAUUUCUUACCACAACUACGAUGAAGUUGUAAAACCAAAAACUAAGACGAUCUGACAGCUUCAACACGCAUGGGAUAUUAUGAUUGAAAAGAACUAACUACAUUGAUUAUGGUGCAUUUCUUAGUAAGUGACGAAAUUGAAACUGUUGAUAGAUCAUUAUGAUUCAAAAGAUGAAGAACUAUUGACAUUAUGAAUGGGAGAGUAGGG